AUGUCGAACACUUCCGAUAACCAGUACUGGGCGAAUCAGCCACAGGAUAUGUAUGAUGGAUUCAACGACAAGUCGCAGGUGCUCGACUUUCAAACAUUCAACCCGAACGAAACGGCGUAUUGGAAUGAUGCGUCCCAAACGGACCCAGGAUAUAAUCAGUUACCAGAUGCGGCUUCCCGCGAUCCGUACGGCAUGAUGCAGCAGCAAACGCAUUACGGGCCAGGACCUUCGAUAUUUACCCCGAAUUAUGUCGAUGACAAUGGUGUUGGGUCUAGCCCUGGCAUGGGUAUCGAAACAACUGAGUUCGACGAGCCGCCUCUAUUAGACGAACUGGAGAUCUACCCUCGGCGCAUAAUGGAAAAAGCAGUUGCGGUGCUAAACCCCUUUCAGAGUUCCGGCACAAUGGUGGACACCCCCGACUAUUUGUUCAAGGAAACCGACCUCGCUGGUCCGAUCAUAUUCUGUCUUACGCUUGCCGCUUGCCUAUCCAUCUCGAAUAGCAAAGCUCAGUUCGGUUACAUUUACGGUCUGUCGACAAUAUCCGUACUGGCAAUGUACUGUCUCAUUUGGCUAAUGUGCCACGCAGUCGAAUGGCACGUAACUGUGUCUGGUGUGGCAAGCGUGCUCGGUUAUAGCAUGUUGCCUGUCGUGUUCUUAGCAGUGAUUGGAAUGUUUACCUCGCUUAACAACUUUUACGGCAUGCUGCUUGCCGGAUCGUCCAUUCUGUUAGCCACGGUUUACUCGAGCCGAAUGUUUUGCCUCAUGACUGGCGAUCCACAUCAGAGAUACUUGAUAGCGUACCCGUCCUCGCUACUGUUUACGAUCUUUUCUAUGUUGGUUUUAUUUUAA